ACGGUGUUUCAGUGAACUGAAAGCUAACCUUCCAAUUCGUGACAGGCAAUUUUCAGUAUUUUGUAUGCUAGUGUUACGAUUUCAGCGAAGGGAUUGAAAGGAAACACUUAUCAAAAUGGAAUGUUUAAUCGGAAUACAGUUUAAAGAUUUCGUGUUAAUUGCGGCCGAUAUGACUACGGCUCAUUCUAUCAUGGUUAUGAAGAACGAUGAACAAAAAAUUCACAAAAUGUCUGAUAAACUCGUGAUGGGAGUAUCAGGAGAAUCUGGAGACACAACACAAUUCUCAGAAUACAUAGGAAAAAAUAUACAACUUUAUAAAAUGAGGAAUGGUUACGAAUUGUCUCCAAAAGCUGCUGCCUGUUUCACUAGGAGAAAUCUGGCUGAUUAUCUCAGAAGCAGAACACCGUAUUAUGUUAAUUUAUUAAUGGCAGGAUAUGACGAUAACGAUGGACCGGAAUUAUAUUUCAUUGAUUAUUUAGCAUCUUGUGUUAAAGUGCCUUACGCAGCUCAUGGUUAUGGAGGUUUCUUCUCAAUCUCCAUUUUGGAUAGAUACCACAAAUAUGAUUCAACAGAGGAAGAAGCAUAUUUACUAUUGAAAAAAUGCGUUCGAGAAAUUCAUAAACGAUUGAUAGUUAAUCUUCCAAAUUUUAAGGUGCAAAAGAUAUCCAAGGAUGGCAUAAAAGAACUGGAUCCUAUCGCAGCAAAAAACUUGGCUUUAGAAGAUGUUGCUGAAGCAUAAAGUAUCUACUUUUAUUAAUAUUAUUUGUAAUAAUACCAUUCUUUUCAAAGAAUAAAAAUGAUCAAAAUAAGA